CAAUCGCGACCGUUAGCUUGGGGCGAAUGCGGUGUGGUACUAGAGAGGAGAAAAACUGCUUGUCCGUGCCGGGUGAUGUGGAAAAGUCAUCAGAUUUAGAGGUUCCCGUUGUUAGCACACGCCUGUCAAGGGAGUACACGUUUCGUCAUGUAUGUGAUGGUGAUGGACACGUGGCAUUAGGGAGUGAUACUUGGACCCGUGCAGACGCUUGUGGAGUCUCAUCCUGGUGAUCAGUUGUCUCUGUAGUUCACCUCCUCCUGCGUGGCUCUUCCUUCACCACCUUCGAGCCUCCAACGGAUCAGACUCCUCCUCACCACACGCUUCCCAGUCAGACCCCCACUACAUCACCUCAUCCUCACCUCCCUGAGAGGGAGAAAACAGCAGGCACCAUGGUGCUGUCGCAGAGACAAAGAGAUGAACUAAAUCGUGCUAUAGCUGACUAUCUACGUUCUAAUGGAUAUGAGGAGGCUUAUUCCACUUUCAAGAAAGAAGCAGAAUUAGAUAUAAAUGAAGAAGUAGAUAAGAAAUAUGCUGGGCUUUUGGAAAAGAAAUGGACCUCUGUUAUCAGAUUACAGAAGAAGGUAAUGGAGUUGGAAUCAAAGCUGAAUGAGGUGAAGGAGGACAUAACGUACGGAGGACCCGUGGGUCAGAAGAGGGACCCCAAGGAGUGGAUCCCCCGUCCCCCAGAGAGAUACGCCCUGAGUGGGCACCGUGCUCCAGUCACACGGGUCAUAUUCCAUCCUGUGUUCAAUGUCAUGGUCACAGCCUCUGAAGAUGCUACCAUCAAGGUGUGGGACUAUGAAGCUGGGGACUUUGAGCGGACCCUCAAAGGCCACACAGACUCUGUGCAGGACAUCUCGUUUGACCACACAGGGAAGCUGCUGGCUUCAUGUUCAGCUGACAUGAGCAUCAAACUUUGGGACUUUCAGGGGUUUGAAUGCAUCCGAACAAUGCAUGGCCAUGAUCACAAUGUUUCGUCUGUAGCCAUCAUGCCAAAUGGUGACCACAUAGUGUCUGCUUCCAGAGACAAGACCAUCAAGAUGUGGGAGGUGGCUACUGGGUACUGUGUGAAGACAUUUGCAGGCCACAGGGAGUGGGUGAGGAUGGUUCGUCCAAACCAAGACGGCUCAUUGAUCGCUAGCUGUUCCAACGACCAGACGGUGCGUGUUUGGGUGGUUGCUUCCAAGGAGUGUAAAGCUGAGUUGCGGGAGCACGAGCAUGUGGUGGAGUGUAUUUCGUGGGCUCCUGACAGCGCUCACCCAACCAUCCUGGAUGCCACAGGCUUAGAGAAUAAAAAGAGUGGAAAACCCGGUCCCUUUCUUCUCUCUGGCUCCAGAGAUAAAACGAUUAAGAUGUGGGACGUCAGCACGGGGAUCUGCCUUAUGACUCUGGUGGGACAUGACAACUGGGUGCGUGGGGUGCUGUUUCAUCCCGGAGGACGAUUUGUAGUGAGCUGCGCUGAUGACAAAACCCUUAGGAUCUGGGACUACAAGAACAAACGCUGCAUGAAGACUUUGUCUGCCCACGAACACUUUGUUACGUCUCUGGAUUUCCAUAAGUCUGCUCCCUACGUGGUCACAGGCAGCGUUGAUCAGUCAGUGAAAGUCUGGGAGUGCCGCUGAGAUUACCACCGUCUCUCGUCCUGCCCUGCUUCUACCAAUUCCAAGAAAGAAAAAAAAAAAGUCCCCAUCCUCAUGCUUCCCAGCAGCUUCCUCCCUCUGUCCUGACGCCCAGCCUCCCCACCCCUCGCACUCAAAACCAUAGUUGACCAAGACGCUGUCCCUUGUCCCCUCUCCUCCCUACAUUGCUCCGGCCCUAUUAGGAUGACUAUUGUCCUUUUUGUGUAAAUGAUUCUGGAUGUAGGGUACGCUAAAUAAAUGUCACACGAUCUCCGACAUACUCCAAACGACGAGAAGCAGCUUUGCAUGGUGAUUCCAACUACAAACACUGUUAGGUCUGCAAAAUAAACAUGCUGUUGUCAUAACUUCCCAUCGAGUCAAAGGGUAAAUAUUUCUGUGCUGACCGUGCACAGAAACUCAUUGUACCCCUUCCUGAAGGGUGAAGGGGUUAGGUUGUUUAGUUCUGUUUUACUCCAUGUCUCCAUUUUUUGGGAUGUGUCACGGCAUUUAUCGUGAUGAAGGUAUGAGGAAAGACGGCGCCAAAAAAAAGUGUCCUGAAGAGGGUGAAACAAAUAAAUAAAAAUAAUCAAGCAGCUUCUUAGUUGAAUCACAAGAGGUUGGGCGAGUGCAUGUGUACAUACGUGUAUACGUUGUGAGUGUGUUUUGACAGGAGAACCUUUCCACUACCUCUGCUCUGAUGGUGAGAUGAGAGAGCUGGCAAAGCUUCUCGCCUACUGUGUCCUUCAUAACUUCAUCUCUUUUAACAAACGAGUUCUAGUAGACGUUCACCGGGUCGUAGUGAUCCGUAAGCUGCUGUGAGCACAGGCACGAGCCCCUAAACGUGUGGUUUACUGAGGGAAACUUUCUAUGAGGUUUGUGUGUGUGUGUUUUUAUGUGUGUUGCUCCAGACAAACACUCUAGCUCUCUGUCUUUGCCUUGUUAAUUCAUCCAGGGCUCCAGGAUUUUUAUUCAGCUUUCUGUGGUCUCACUGCUCUUUACAAACACUCAGAUGCACACACACACACACACACACAGAGUAAACGUUGUGUAUCAUAUAUAUCUGGAUGUCAUUGUUUGCAGCGUAAUGAAAUAAAAAAACCUGUAAUUAUAA